AUGGUCGACUCACGACCGAGUAGCACCGACGAAAAGGCUACUGUCGUCGGAGACAAGCCCAAGGGUUUCUUCUCCCGCAAAAAGGCUGCCAAAGUCCACCCCGACGAUACCCCCAAUGAGAAAAAUGGAGACGCGUCUGCAGAGGUCAAACCUGCAGAGUCAGAUAUCCCUCCUGUCUCCUUUUUUGAGCUGUUCCGAUACUCAACUUCGUACGAAAUCUUCAUUAACUGCAUCGGGCUAAUAGCAGCGGCGGGUGCGGGCGCGGCUCAACCCCUCAUGUCCCUGCUAUUCGGUAAUCUCACCCAGGACUUCGUCAACUUCUCUGUGGUUCUCUCUGCUGCGCAAGCUGGUAACGCAACUGCCGCCGCCAACGUCCCAGAGGCAGCAGCGAACUUCCGGAGUUCAGCUGGAGAGAGUGCGAGUUACUUGGUCUAUAUCGGUAUCGCCAUGUUUGUUUGCACGUUCUUGUACAUGUACAUAUGGGUUUACACCGGAGAGGUCAACGCAAAGCGAAUCCGUGAACGUUAUCUUCAGGCGGUUCUCCGUCAGAAUAUCGCCUUCUUUGACGAUGUAGGCGCCGGUGAAGUCGCAACCCGAAUUCAAACGGAUACUCACUUGGUCCAACAAGGAAUGUCAGAGAAGGUCGCGCUUGUUGUCAGUUUCCUGGCAGCAUUCGUCACUGGUUUCAUCCUCGCAUACGCUCGCUCCUGGCGCUUGGCACUUGCUAUGUCUUCCAUUUUGCCUUGCAUUGCGAUCGCAGGUGGUGUCAUGAACAAGUUCAUCUCCAUGUACAUGCAGCUGUCUCUCAAACAUAUUGCGCAUGGCGGUAGUAUCGCCGAAGAGGUCAUUUCGACGAUCCGAACGGCACAGGCUUUCGGUACUCAAAAAAUCCUGGCAAGACUCUACGAUGAUCGUGUCGAUGAAUCCCUGAAAGUCGACAUGAAGGCGUCCGUGUGGCAUGGAGGGGGUCUCGCAGUGUUCUUCUUUGUGAUUUACUCCUCAUAUGCACUAGCUUUCAGCUUCGGUACCACCCUCAUCAACCAAGGACAUGCGACCCCUGGAUCUGUUGUUAACGUUCUCCUGGCUAUUUUGAUCGGUUCCUUUUCGCUCGCUCUUCUCGCCCCUGAGAUGCAAGCCAUCACCCAUGGCCGUGGUGCGGCUGCUAAACUUUACGACACCAUUGAUCGCGUACCGGAAAUCGACUCGGCUGAUCCGAGUGGUCUCAAGCCAGAGCAGAUUGACGGUGAAAUUGUUCUCGAGGGCGUCAGGUUCGCGUAUCCUUCUCGCCCGAGCGUCGAAGUCGUGAAGGGCUUGGACCUCACCUUCCAGGCUGGCAGAACUGCUGCUCUCGUUGGUGCGUCUGGAUCCGGUAAAUCGACCAUCAUUUCCCUCGUCGAACGCUUCUACGACCCCACCGCUGGAACUGUGAAGCUCGACGGCCGCAACGUCAAGGACCUCAACUUGAGAUGGCUCCGCUCGCAAAUUGGUCUUGUCUCUCAGGAGCCUACUCUCUUCGCCACCACCAUCAAGGGCAAUGUCGCUCAUGGUCUGAUUAACACCAAGUGGGAGCACGCCUCGGAAGAGGACAAGGACAAGCUCAUCAAGGAGGCCUGCAUUAAGGCUAACGCGGAUGGAUUCAUUACUAAGUUGCCGCUUGGAUAUGAGACCAUGGUCGGCGAACGUGGAUUCUUGCUUUCUGGUGGGCAGAAGCAGCGUGUGGCCAUCGCUCGCGCUAUCGUCUCGGAUCCCCGUAUCUUGCUGUUGGACGAGGCUACUAGCGCCCUCGACACCCAGUCUGAAGGUAUUGUGCAGGACGCUUUGGACAAAGCUUCUGCCGGACGUACUACCAUCACCAUUGCUCAUCGUCUCUCGACCAUCAAGGACGCCGAUGUUAUCUAUGUCAUGGGCGACGGCCUCGUCCUCGAACAAGGAACCCACAACUCGCUCCUCGAAGCUGACGGCGCGUACGCGCGCCUCGUUACCGCACAGAAACUCCGCGAACACACCGAAUCCCACCUGGAGAUCGAUGAUUCCGAAUCAGAGAUUUCGCAGAAGGAUAUGGAGAAGGCUGCCCGCGAGGAGAUCCCCCUUGGUCGUAGAAACACCCAACAGUCGCUCGCAAGUGAGAUCCUCGAACAGAAGCGCAAGGCGCGCGAGGCUGCUGGAGGCGAGAAAGAGGAAGCGUUCGGCAUGUUAUACUUGUUCCAGCGCAUGGCUCCUCUCAUCCGCGACCAGUGGAAAAACUAUAUCAUUGGCUCUAUCUUUGCCUGCAUGACUGGAUUGGUCUAUCCCGCUUUUGGUGUUGUGUACGCAAAGGGUAUUGAAGGUUUCUCUGCCCUGGAUAAUGCCAGCCGGCGUUUUCAAGGUGACAGGAACGCGCUGUGGCUGUUCGUCAUCGCUGUCAUCUCGACGAUGGCCAUCGGCUUCCAGAACUAUCUCUUCUCGGCUUCAGCGUCCACGUUGACAGCGCGCUUGCGUACACUUAGCUUCAAGGCUAUUUUACGGCAGGACAUUGAAUUCUUUGACAAGGAUUCAAACAGCACUGGAGCUUUGACCGCUCAACUCAGCGACAACCCUCAGAAGGUCAACGGUCUCGCGGGUAUUACUCUCGGUGCCAUCGUGCAGUCCGUCGCUACCCUUAUCGGCGGCUCCAUCCUCGGUCUCAUCUUCAUCUGGAGGGUCGGUCUCGUCGGUAUUGCAUGCACCCCUCUCCUCGUGUCAACCGGUUACAUCCGCCUUCGCGUGGUCGUGCUCAAGGAUCAGGCGAACAAGAAGGCCCAUGAAGACUCCGCGCAACUGGCCUGCGAGGCUGCUGGUUCUAUCCGGACCGUCGCCUCCCUCACGAGGGAAGAAGACUGCGUGAGGCUGUACAGCGAGAGUCUCGAGGAGCCCCUCCGCAAGUCGAACAAGACCGCUUUCUGGAGUAACCUGCUCUACUCGUUCUCGCAGGCUUGUGGCUUCUUCGUCAUUGCUCUUAUCUUCUGGUAUGGCGCCACCCUUGUGUCAAAGCAGCAGGCAACCACCUUCGAGUUCUUCGUCGGUCUCAUGAGCACGACCUUCGGCGCCAUCCAAGCUGGCAAUGUAUUCUCGUUCGUUCCUGAUAUCUCGUCGGCCAAGGGCGCCGGCUCUGACAUCAUCAAGUUGCUCGACUCCGUUCCGGAAAUCGACGCCGAGUCCAAGGAGGGCAAGGUCGUCGACCAGAAGGCGGUCGAAGGCCACAUCAAGUUCGAGAACAUCCACUUCAGGUACCCCACUCGUCCUGGUGUCCGUGUUUUGCGCGAUCUCUCGUUUGAGGUUGAGCCAGGCACCUAUAUCGCCUUGGUCGGAGCCAGUGGGUCGGGCAAGAGUACGGCUAUCCAACUGAUCGAGCGGUUCUAUGACCCUCUCGCCGGAGAAGUCUACCUUGACGGCGAGCGUAUUACCGACCUGAACAUCCAAGAAUAUCGCAAGCAUCUGGCAUUGGUCUCGCAGGAGCCGACAUUGUAUGCUGGAACUGUUCGCUUCAACAUCAUGCUCGGCGCUAUCAAGCCUGCCUCGGAAGUUACACAAGAGGAGAUCGAGGAGGCUUGCCGAAACGCAAACAUCUUGGAGUUCAUUCAGGGACUGCCUCAGGGCUUCGAUACCGAAGUCGGUGGCAAGGGUUCACAAUUGUCUGGUGGCCAAAAACAACGUAUUGCCAUUGCCCGUGCCCUACUGCGCAACCCCAAGGUGCUUCUGCUGGAUGAGGCUACCUCCGCGCUUGACUCCAACUCCGAGAAGGUCGUGCAAGCCGCACUCGAUCAAGCAGCGAAGGGCAGGACGACGAUCGCCAUUGCACACAGGUUGUCGACGAUUCAGAACGCAGACCGAAUCUACUUUAUCAAGGACGGCCAUGUCAGCGAAUCGGGCACGCACGACCAACUGCUGGCGAAACGCGGCGACUAUUACGAAUAUGUGCAGCUGCAGGCGCUGAGCAAACGCGAGUAA